GGUCGACAGUGACGCGCGUUUUCUAGAUUUGCUGCCUGAACACCGACAUUUUACAUGUUCAAAAGAGUAGCCUAAUAAAAUCCUUGUUCGAUAUCUACUUAUAUGGCGCUGCUGCACAGUCCGCAUUCCCACUUUUGUUGGCUGAAAACUGCCAAUGUUAUUUUGUUGUUUUGCUGGUUCCAGUCGAGUUUCGCUUACGGUGACUUUUACAUGGUGAAUUCAACGUUAAUUUAUGAUGCCUGCGUGAAUGAUUGUGAAACAUCUCAGCAGGUCGACCAAAUUCUGAUUGGGGACUGCCAACGAGGCUGCAGGUUAUUCGACACAUUAAUUAUUCAGAAUUCAAUAUUCGCACAAGUUGACGAGGCGAUUGCUCUCCCAAACUGUCAGCGGUCAUGUGCAGAAGCGUACGGUAGCGCAAUUAGUGCGGUGACGGCCUGUUUUGACGGCUGUACCAACGCCCAACGGGAAUAUCAUACAAGAUCUGUGCUACUACGUCAAUACAUCCGUGAUUUACAACGCAACUUGACCUUUUUCGAAUGGUUUCCUAGGCGACCUAAAACAGUUAAUAAUUCCGGUUGGCCUUCCGCACUCAAAAGCGGCAAAAGUGUUCGGCGUUCCGACGAAACUCUCAACCCCAUCACUACUCCUCACAAUCUGAAUGAUUCCAGACUCUCGGACAAGUCGCAAAUGAGUUUUCGUCCCAAUUUGAAUCAGCUGCCAGUUGAUGAUCAAAGUACGCGGAGAGGGACGUUGAAGCAACCGACCACAAUGCCCAACUGGAUGGUUCACAGUGCCUUGGCUGUUUUCGUGGUCGGCGUCAUCAUGGUUUUGGCAACAUGUUGCUACUGCUGCAUCUUUGGCCGACAUCACAUUACCAAAUACGUAAAUGCCGAGUCGGAGUAAGUCAAUUGAUAGCGAUCUGCCUCCAAGUUACGAACACCUUAUGAGGAACACUGUUUGAAUACCAUUUGUGAUGUGAUAUUAUGUGUUAACAUUUCAUGAAACAGAGCAACGAGGAAUUUUAGUAUAUAACGUAUAGAAUUAUGACACGGUGGAUUCAGACUAACCAUGUGUAUUUGUGUACCUUUUACUUUUUUAACAUUAAAAAAAUAUUUCGGUAAAGAGACAAUAAGAGAGGUUGGAAGUAAGAAUUAAGUGAGAAAGAAAGAGUUACUUUUUCGUGCGGAAUCAUACAUACCAUAGUUUUAGAAUUUCUCCUUCAGCUAGUGUCAUUUAUAUUCGGUCAUCUUCUUCGUCAGCUCCGGUCCUUCUUCAUCAGCAACGGUCAUCUUCUUCACAUACUAGAUGGGCCAUGAAUUCCUAUGAUGAAAGAAAUGCUCUCAUCUAUUUCUUACCCCAUUCCUAUAUUCCCCCUAUUCCCCCCCCUUUUUCAACUUACUCUUCUCCUUCUUCUCCCACCUUUCCCUCCUUCUUCCUUUUCUUCCUUAUUCACUCCGUCAUUAAGCAUCGCAUAUCCUUGCACUUACUCCUCAUAAAUUAGCAAUACAACAUCUGCAAAAUCAUAAA